GCUUGCCGUACACUUAUAUGCCCCCCGUCGGGGCCUCUUGCGCGCGAAUUCUGAACCCAUGGUGUAUUACGAUGAUAUCAUUCGGGUGACUACUGCUGCCUGAGCCUCAGACGGGUCACUAGUUACGUCGUCAGCUGGUGAUGAAUUUGCUCGGCGGUGCUCGUUUGCCCAGUUUGGGUUGUCGAGCUUCAUCAUGAAUCGGGUUUAUAAGCUUGAGGGCAUGGCUCACCUUCCGUCGAGUUGGGAUGCCUAACCCACAGAUCCCACGGAGCAAAUCGCAUUUCAUCAUGUUGCCCAAAACCUCCUUUGUCUGGCUCACAGCCAUAACGGCGGGCGCGCUUUGUAGCCCGGCCACCGGGUCGAACCAAUGUCAGCCCGCUGGCUUGGUCGACCUUGGUUACGCGAAGCACGUCCCGACAUAUGUCAACACAACUGCCUCGGGCCAACGCGUUGCCAUUUACAAGAACAUACGCUUCGCCCGGGCCCCGACCGACGAUCUGCGCUUCCGCGCCCCAGACGCCAAUCUCCCCCAUGUGGACGGAGUGCAGGACGGCAAGGUCCCCUGGCAGAGCACCGACUGCAUCGCGUCGGCGCCGGCCUUUGCGCCCUUUCCGGCGAUUAAUGGCACGACCUGGGGCCGCGAGGACUGCUUGUUCCUCGACGUGUAUGUGCCCGAGGGCGUGCGACCGGGGGACAACGUGCCGGUGCUGCACAACUUUCACGGGAGCGCGUACGCGUUUGGGAACAAGGAGAUGUUCAUGAACCCCAUGGGGCUGUUUGACUUGAUGCACAGGCAGAGCCUGGGCAAGUUUAUCGUUGUGGGAAACAACUACAGAAUGGGCGUCUCUGGCUUCACGUGGGCCGCAGACGAGGACAUGGACGGCAACGUCGGGAUGCUCGACUGCCUCGCCGCGGCGGAGUGGACGGCAAAGCACAUCCACAAGUUUGGCGGACACGGGAAGCGCAUCACGGCCAUCGGCCAGAGCGCCGGUGCGGGCAUCAUCUAUUACCUGACGGUCCUUAACGGCGGGCAGGGCAAGCCACUGCCCUUCCAGCAGGCAUUCAUCUCGUCCCCGGCCGCGCCGCAGCGGCGCAACGUCACGGCGCGGCAGCGCAAGAUGUUCAACAUGGUCCUCACGGCGGCCAACUGCACGAGCCUCGCGUGCCUUCGAUCCGUCUCUGAGACGACGAUGUUGCGCAUCAACGAGCAGCUCAUUAGCCACACACCCACAGAGAGCGGCGGCGGCACCCUUGGGCCUGUCAUGGGGUUCGGCCCGGCGCCCGACGGGAAGCUGAUCCCGGACAUGCCGUCGGUGCUGAUCGGGCAGGGGAGGGUGCACGGCGGGCUGUCGAGGCUCGUCGUCGGGACCAUGGCGCGCGAGGGCAAGGAGACGUCGCACGACGACGGCAUGCCGGGCUACUUCCCAACCAUGGUGCGGCAGCAGAUGCCGACGGCGAGCAACGCUACGGUGCAGGCCUUGCUGGACCUGUACUACCGCCCGGGCAGCGAGAAGGAGCUGGCGUGGGACUUUACGACCGACGCCGUGUUCGCAUGCAACGCGUAUAACCUGGCCAAUGGGCUGCCGGGCAAGACGAGGCGGUACAUCAUGUCAACGCCGCCGGCCGUCCACGGACAGGACCUCUUGUACUAUUUCUACGUCGACGAGGAGCAGACGCCGGUCAACGACCCGGAGCUGGUGCUCGCGUUCCAGUCGAAGCUGCUGGCGCUGGUGCGCGGCGAGGACCUGGCGUGGCCGGCGUACGGCGCGGACAAGCGCAUGUACAACGUCACCGAGGAAAGGUUCGAGGCGACGACGAUGCCGGCGGAGCUGCGGGCGCGGUGCGACCUUGUCAACAAGUUGGUGCUAGACCGGGCCAACGGCGCAUGAAGCACAUGUUUUGUAGGACGUAGGACUUUAUGUGCCCAUGCCCAUGGCUUCUCACGUCGUUGUUUUGCGGACGAGCCUUGCAUGGUAGUAAGUUAGCAGUUACUACUUACCGCACGCCAAGGCGCUGGGCUGUAUCAUGGCAACCAAGGUUCAUUGUUCGACCUGGAACGUUUCAACCCGGCUUGACGAGCGCCGAAGCCAACGGACAGGGGCUUUGCAUGCACGCAUAUGUGCGAGGUAGAAUGAAUCAACUGUUGCAUGAAAA